UCUCUAGUCCGAUUUCGUUCGCUUCUAUAUUAAGAACGCCUUCGUCUGGCCUCGCAAGAUGCGUGUGCGCACACCAAACGCUCGCACAAUAAAAACCAAACGUAGUACAUAUUAUAUUUUUCCGACGAACCCGACUUAAACCGAGAUCACUAAAAUUUUCAUGUGAAAUUGUGAUUUAAAAUUUAUAAGGACGUUUUUGAGUAAAAUGUCCAUUAAGUGUGAAUAAGUGAAAAAUUAUCGUGUGGUUAUCGCUGAAGAAGUCAAAAUGAAGUUCACUAUCGAUGUCCUGGGGAUUUUUCUUAAAGUCGUCGUUAAGAUAAACAAAGUCACAUUCGCGCCACUAGUGGUAUCAACGCUCUUCAUCCUCCUAACAUCGCUACUCGCCCACUGUGCGAGACGAGUGGUGCAGAAGGUCAUCAAGGAACCCUUCUUGAGGCUCCUGUUUGAAGAGGCGAUAGCUGCUGCUGAACUGUGCGGGUGCUGCUUUGAGCUGAUUGUUGUUGCGGAUAACUUCGGUGUAGCGACGUAUGCGAUAUUCCUGUUUGCGCUGACGAUCUGGUGGUCACUCAACUGGGGAGAUGCUACUGCCUGUCCUUACACACACAUUGAGGAUGUUAUUGAAGGCAAGGGUGACAUUCGCAAAGCGUUCCUGAAGACCUGGGCUGAACUGACGGGAGGUAUCCUGGUGUUCAAGUACGUGCAGAUGUACUGGGCGCUGGAGAUCUCUGACACACACAAGGACAAGGCUUUUGAGGAUUGCAAGGCUGAUUUACAGGUGCCAGUAAUCUACGGUGCAGUAGUCGAAGGCAUCGCAACCUGCCUCUGCCGCUUAGCCUCCAAGUCCCUGGGUGACCUGAACCCUCGGUUUGCCACAGCCAUCGACUCCUUCAUCGGAACUUCCCUUGUUGUCGCUGGGGUCCUCACUAGGCACACGGUAUUCGUCUACCGCUACCAAGACAAUAGUGCCAAUGCGGACCUAAGCGUGUCCAUCUUUUGCAAAGUACAUUUAGGAAAAGCCUUCGACUAUUCCGGUGGUUACUUCAACCCAGUGCUGGCGACGUCCUUGAAAGCUGGUUGCGAAGGUCAUACACUUCUAGAACAUGCUGUGGUCUACUGGAUAGGAGCGUGUGCAGGGUCUAUCCUCUCCGUCUACUUGUACAAACUGCCAGCUAUCCAAAAGUAUGUUAGGGGCACCAGUGUGGCGAAUGGUGACAGCAUUUGGGCCGACAAAGAAGACUAAUUUUCUUUUGUCAAAAUCUGGUUUGGAGGUUAUGCUGGGAUUUUUUUUAUGAUAUCAAAUUACCCUACUGUCUUAAAUUAUUCAGUUUUCGUAGAACAAUUUAGUAAAUAACACAGAAAAUGAAAUAUUAGACCAUUGUGCCCAGAUAUGAUGUCGGUUAGUCCUCAGAAUAAGUUAUAAAGUAAUUCAGAAUUUUUCGCACUUUGCAAUAUUGACACUUCAGCUUGAAAAGGUUUUUAAUAUAAUAAAUGUGAUACGUUCUACGAAUCCCUGCAAAUACAGCUUUAUUAUGAGUUCUUGAAAGCUUUAAAAAGUAAUAUAGUAGAGCUUUCUGCGACAAAAAUAAAUAAAUAAAAUUAUAUUUAUUUCAAAUUCCAGCAAGUUGGUAUUAAAGUAUUUUUUGGUCUUGUUUUACAUUUAAUAUUUUUACAGAUGAUUCAAAAAUAAUCCCAGCAUAUUCUCUUUUAAGUUUUUGCUUAUUCUGUCCAUUACUGCGUAUUUCGCUAAUUUUGUAUUAUUCCUUACAAAGUGAUACCCACGAUUCUAGUCAUUUCACCUUAUUCUAAGUAUUAUUUAUUUAUUGUUGAAUCUUUAUUAAAUGCAUCUUUUUAAGUUCAUCUUGAUUUAAGUUCGGGCCAUUGCAAUGUUACAGCUGAUACCGCCAUAUUUUAUUUAUUUAACAUUUUUGUUUCUUUUUAAUAUUUUAUACAAGUAAAUGGCAAUACCAAAUAUCUUUAAAAGUGUACAAACCUUAGGAAGAGAUAGAUUUUAUAUUUUUUCUAUCCUACGUGUUGAAGUAUGUUUCCCAAAAAUAUAAUAAGUGCUACGUGCUCCCGUUGUAAAUAAAUGUUUAAUUUAUUACAAUA